ACAGGGUUGGAUGGCUCAGGGCUGGCGCUGAAGCUUAGCAAGGCUGGAGGCCAGUCCCCAAGUCUGCGGGCGUCUGGGCUGCAGCCCAGUAGUCUCAAGGCGGGCAGCGGGGCGACUGGACGGCCAGACAGACUUGCUGGCUGUCUACCUGUUUGGUUUGCUGUGUUCUGUGUCGGCAAUGGCUGCUAGUUUCCAACAGGAAAUCUUGGUGGCUGAGCAAAUUUGUGACCCAGGAAAUAGCAGCUAAAUGUCUGGGAUGCUGACGGGAGGCUGGUGUGUGUUCUAAGGACUGACCUCCGACUUCUGCUCCAGCUCACACCAGGCUAGCAUCUCAUAGUGGCUGGAGGGGCCUUUCCAAAGAGGGGUCCCACCCUCCCUCCAGGACGGUUCUGCCUCCAUCUUCUUGGUCCUGGAGCUGUCCCGCCCACCAUGGAGCCAGACCCCCAGGCGGGAGUGCAGGUGGGCAUGCGUGUGGUGCGCGGCAUGGACUGGAAGUGGGGCCAGCAGGAUGGCGGCGAGGGCGGCGUGGGCACGGUGGUGGAGCUCGGCCGCCACGGCAGCCCCUCAACCCCCGACCGCACGGUAGUCGUGCAGUGGGACCAUGGCACCCGCACCAACUACCGCGCUGGCUACCAGGGCGCGCACGACCUGCUGCUCUACGACAACGCCCAAAUCGGCGUCCGCCACCCCAACAUCAUCUGUGACUGCUGCAAGAAGCACGGGCUGCGGGGCAUGCGCUGGAAGUGCCGUGUCUGCUUCGAUUACGACCUCUGCACGCAGUGCUACAUGCACAGCAAGCACGACCUGGCCCAUGCCUUCGAGCGCUACGAGACGGCCCACUCGCGACCGGUAAUGCUGAGUCCCCGCCAGGGCCUCCCAAGGAUCCCGUUGAGGGGCAUCUUCCAGGGGGCAAAGGUGGUACGGGGCCCCGACUGGGAGUGGGGCUCACAGGACGGAGGGGAAGGGAAGCCAGGCCGAGUGGUGGACAUCCGUGGCUGGGAUGUGGAGACGGGCCGGAGUGUGGCCAGUGUGACGUGGGCCGAUGGCACCACCAAUGUGUACCGCGUGGGCCACAAGGGCAAAGUGGACCUCAAGUGUGUGGGCGAGGCGGCCGGCGGCUUCUACUACAAGGAGCACCUCCCAAGGCUCGGCAAGCCAGCAGAGCUGCAGCGCAGGGUGAGUGUGGACGGCCAGCCCUUCCAGCACGGGGACAAGGUUAAGUGUCUGCUGGACCCAGACAUCCUGAGGGAGAUGCAGGAAGGCCACGGCGGGUGGAACCCCAGGAUGGCGGAGUUUAUCGGACAGACGGGCACCGUGCACCGCAUCACGGACUGUGGGGACGUGCGUGUCCAGUUCAGCCAUGAGACCCGCUGGACCUUCCAUCCUGGGGCUCUCACCAAGCACAACUCCUUCUGGGUGGGCGAUGUGGUGCGGGUCAUCGACGACCUCGACACAGUGAAGCGGCUGCAGGCUGGGCACGGGGAGUGGACAGAUGACAUGGCCCCUGCCCUGGGCCGCGUUGGAAAAGUGGUGAAGGUUUUCGGAGAUGGGAACCUGCGUGUGGCAGUCGGUGGUCAGCUGUGGACCUUCAGCCCCUCCUGUCUGCUGGCCUACCGGCCUGAGGAGGAUGCCAACCUGGACGUGGCUGAGCGUGCCAGGGAGAACAAAAGCUCCCUGAGUGUUGCACUGGACAAGCUUCGAGCCCAGAAAAGUGACCCAGAGCACCCAGGGAGGCUGGUCGUGGAGGUGGCCCUGGGCAACAUGGCCCGGUCUCUGGACCUGCUUCGGAGGCACCCAGAGCAGGUGGACACCAAGAACCAGGGCAGGACUGCCCUGCUGGUGGCGGCCUACCUAGGUCAGGUGGAGCUGCUGCGGCUGCUGCUGAAGGCACGGGCGGACGUGGACCUGCCUGAUGACGAGGGCAACACGGCGCUGCACUAUGCAGCCCUGGGGAACCAGCCCGAGGCUGCCCGGGUGCUCCUGAGCUCAGGGUGCGGGGCCAACGCUCUUAAUGGCACCCGGAGCGCAGCACUGCAUGUGGCCGUGCAGAGGGGCUUCCUGGAGGUGGUGAGGGUCCUGUGUGAGCACGGCUGUGACGUCAACCUGCCUGAUGCCCAUGCUGACACGCCCUUGCACUGUGCCAUCUCAGUGGGUGCUGGUGCCAGCGGCAUUGUGGAGAUCCUCACCGAGGUGCCAGCCAUCGAUGUCACUGCCACCAACAGCCAGGGCUUCACCCUGCUGCACCAUGCGUCUCUCAAGGGCCACACGCUAGCCGUCAGGAGGAUUCUGGCACGGGCACGGCAGCUGGUAGAUGCCAAAAAGGAGGAUGGUUUUACAGCAUUGCACCUGGCUGCCCUCAACAACCACCGGGAGGUGGCCCAGAUUCUCAUCCGAGAGGGCCGCUGUGAUGUGAAUGUUCGAAACCGUAAGCUCCAGUCUGCACUGCACCUGGCCGUGCAGCAGGCCCACGUGGGGCUGGUGCCGCUGCUGGUGGACGCUGGCUGCAGCGUCAAUGCCGAGGACGAGGAGGGGGACACAGCCCUGCACUUGGCACUGCAACGUCAUCAAUUGCUGCCCUUAGCAGCUGAUGGGGCCGGGGGGGACCCGGGGCCCUUACAGCUGCUGUCCAGGCUACAGGCCUCAGGCCUGCCGGGCAGCGCGGAGCUGACGGUGGGCGCGGCGAUGGCCUGCUUCUUGGCGCUGGAGGGCGCCGAUGUGAGCUACUCCAACCACCGCGGCCGGAGCCCGCUGGACCUGGCCGUCGAGGGUCGCGUGCUCAAGGCCCUGCAGGGCUGCGCCCAGCGCUUCCGGGAGCGGCAGGCAGGCGGCCCCGGGGGCGCGGCCCCGGGCCCGAGGCUGGCGCUCAGCACGCCCAACACCGUGACGAACCUGCACGUGGCCGCGCCGUCGGGGCCCGAGGCCGCCGAGUGCCUGGUGUGCUCGGAGCUGGCGCUGCUGGUGCUGUUCUCGCCGUGCCAGCACCGCACCGUGUGCGAGGAGUGCGCGCGCAGAAUGAAGAAGUGCAUCAGGUGCCAGGCGGUCAUCGGCAAGAAGCUACGCCCAGACGGCACGGAGGUGGCCAGCGCGGCCUCCGCGCCCGGCCCGCCGCGGCAGCUGGUGGAGGAGCUGCAGAGCCGCUAUCGGCAAAUGGAGGAGCGCAUCACCUGCCCUAUCUGCAUCGACAGCCACAUCCGCCUCGUGUUCCAGUGCGGCCACGGCGCGUGCGCGCCCUGCGGCGCCGCGCUCAGCGCCUGCCCCAUCUGCCGCCAGCCCAUCCGCGACCGCAUCCAGAUCUUCGUGUAGCCUGGCCGCGCCCCGUCUCGCUCCGGAGCCGCGUCCCGCGUUCUUCUUCUCAAGCUGCCCCCCACCCCGUGUUUUAUAAAAAGAUUGUCGGACUUUGCCGCCUGGUGCCUGCC